GAAGGCAAUUCAGUGGCCACAAAGGGACUCGCACAACGCAGACGUCUGUGUCUUUUUUUGUGAAGAGGACCGUGUCGUCCGGUCAGAAAAAGUCGGUGUAGGAAGAGUUAAGACUCGACAUCCCAACUGUUUAUUCCAACAGCUAGCAGGCUAGCUGGCUCGAUACCCCGGGAGCUAGACACGGGGAGACCCGUGUGAGUUUGCCUGAGAAGCGGUCUCCGUCGAGCACUGAAGAAGCUGUUUUGCGGCUCACUCGCAUCGUCGGCGAAGAUUUUUUUAAGUAUGCGUCGCCGCAGGCAGCCGCAACUUUAAAGAAUGAUAUCAACUGAGCGCUGAGCGUUUCAGUCCUACUACGGACCCGGAGGGAGACGGGAAAAGUCACACAGCUUUUUCUUUUCUUUGAAGCGCAAUAAUCGUGUCCACCACUGGUACCUAAACGCAACUUAAUGACUGACACUAUACAGGCCUGCUGGCUCGAGUUUGCACACAAACACCAAGAAGGGGGAACAUGACUCACUGGCCGCUACCGGAGACUGGCACGGGGCAGCUGUGCCAACCUUGCCCCGACCUGCCGCUUUAGAAGCUACCCCGGUACACCAUGACGGGGAGGCAUUGAGGCGUGCUCCCUGACGAUCGUCUCAAUACCUCUCCCCCUCCCCCAUCCCUCAACAAACCCCCCCACACCAUCAUGCUGCGCUUCCUGCCUCUCAAACUCGGCCGCCUGUACCGCUGUCUGAAGCUCUUAUUGGUCGUGGGGUUGUUUGCCAUCUUGUUGAUGAACACCCACAACCUGUUCGCCUCCUUCCAGAAGAAUGAGCUCACCGACCGACGCUUCAUCAACCUCAACAAGUGUCCCGCCUGCUUCGGUACCAGCUGGUGCCGCAAGUUCAUGAAUGGCCAGGUUUCCUUUGAAACCUGGGGUCGCCUGCGAUUCCUCGACGUUUUCAACGUCAAGAACGUUUUCUUCGCGCAGUACGGCGAGCCGAGGGAGGGCACCCGUCGCGUGGUGCUCAAACGGCUCGGCUCCAACCAGGAGCUCGCCGAGAUAGACCAGAAAAUCUGCAAGAGGGCCACGGGCAGGCCGCGCUGUGACCUCAUCCAGGCCAUGUACAAGACCGAGUUCGCCCGGAUCAACGGCGACGUUCGUCUGCUCACGCCGGAGGUGGUGGAGGGCUGGUCAGACCUGGUGCACUGCCCCUCUCAGAGGCUGCUGGACCGCGUGGUCCGCAGGUAUGCUGAGACCAAAGACUCUGGGAGCUUCCUGCUAAAGAACCUGAAGGACACAGAGCGAAUGCAGCUGCUCAUGACUUUGGCGUUCAACCCGGAGCCACUCGUACUACAGAGCUUUCCGUCGGAUGAAGGGUGGCCGUUCGCCAAGUACCUGGGAGCCUGUGGGCGCAUGGUAGCUGUCAACUACGUGGGCGAGGAGCUGUGGAGCUUCUACAACGCGCCCUGGGAGAAGAGGGUCGACCUGGCCCGCCAGCUCAUGGACAUUGCCGAGCAGCUCACCAACAACGACUUUGAGUUUGCCCUCUACCUGCUCGAUGUCAGCUUCGAUAACUUUGCGGUCGGCCCGCGCGACGGGAAGGUCAUCGUCGUUGAUGCCGAGAACGUUCUUGUGGCAGACAAAAGGCUGAUCAAGCAGAACAAGCCGGAGAACUACGACGUGUGGUACGAGAGCCGCUUUGAGGAGUGCGACAGGGAGGCCUGCCUGUCCUUCUCCAAGGACUCUCUGUGCUCCCGGGUCACGGUGGACCACAACUACUACGCCGUGUGCCAGAACCUGCUGUCGCGGUUCGCUACGUGGCGGGGCACCACUGGAGGCCUCCUCCAUGACCCCCCCGCCCAUAUAGCCAAAGACGGGCAACUCUUGACCCUGUUGGACGAGUGCACCAGACCCAAAAAGCACUACGGCCGCUUCCAGGCGGCCAAGGAACUGCGUGAAUACCUCACGCAGCUAGCUGCCGCGUCCUCCUCUGCCACGGCCAGGUAAUGAAUGGAGUCGGCGUUCGCCGGACGCACUGAGAGACCGGAUCCUGGCCUCUUUAGCUCCAAACUCUCGAGACUCUGGUUCUUGUACAUGAUGUCAUUCGCUCCUCUUUGCCCACCGGAGCAGGAAGCGGUCGAGGUCUUGCAUCAGGAAGUGUAAGAAUCAAAACUUCAAAGCAGAUUUGUUCAAACUCUCGCUUUGAUCCCGUCUCUGCUCCUGUGAGAGAGGGGCGGGCCGCCAGGAGGUCCCGGUUAGAACCAGGAUGGAACGGGGAUUUGGGGGUGCCCUCUUCUCCCCGCAGGUGGGCUGCCAUGCUUCAGGGCGAGGAAGGCCUCUGGUUUGCGGGAGCGCCGAGUCCACUGCGGGAGGCGUUUACCAGAGUACCCCAAGCAACAAGAGCAGCCCGGACCCCCCCCCCCCCCCCCCUCCUCAAUCCAUCAGAACUGUUGUGUUUUGUAACAUUAAAUCUUAACACCUGUUUCAGUUUGCCCCAGGAUUUGUUCUUGUUUUAUUAUUUAAUUCAGGGCUGAAUUUAAGUACAUUGGUGCGUUUACAUUUUUGCUGUGCCAUUGGCUUUUUUUCCCUUCUCUGUAGCAUGGCUGCAGGGAAGGCGGCGGUAGCAUGAAUCUCCUACUGGCGGCCGGCAGGGAAGGCCGAGCUACAGCAGGUAGAGAGGGGGGUGGGUUACAUGCAGAAGGAAAAGAAAACCCUCAAUGGCAAUAGUCUCAUUUCCUGCUACUCAAAUCAAUCACUUGAUUUCCAGGAUUGUGGUAAUCAUCUUUUUUGUGUUUUUUUCUUCUUUUUUUCAAUUUGAGUGAGACGGCUGCACAUAGGAAAAAGGAAGGGAAUAAUUGGACAGUGGUGAUCCCUUGAUGCAGUUGUGCCUAUACCAAAGAGGCUAUAUGUAGUAUAAAGUACCAUGAGCAGUACAGGGUGACGGCACCGGUCCCUCCAGUUGUUUCCCAAUAGCGCUGUCCAAAGGAGCUGUAAUGUGGACACGCUCCGACAUGAGCUGGCAGGCCGGCAUUCUGAUUGAUCAAUAAGGUAUAAUCCAGAGGUAUACCGGUCUAAGAUUGGACGUAGAAUGCCACACGAUCCCCUCUGCUUUGUUAACCUCCCCUAUGAUUGAUAAAUGCUGGUCGGACUGACCUCGGCGUGCUUUUCUUUGACCGCGUAACUAAAUGGAAGGGGCAGAACAGAAGUGAUUCUUUAGAGGACGAGAAAACACAAUAAAGCAGCGCAGUAGUGGCCUCCAGUGCCAAAUUCUGUUUAAAUGUCCGUAAUUGAUAAAUGGAUCCUUUUCUCAAGCUUCUCCCACUAGUGCAGAGCGCAGUAAGCUCCAUCAAGUAAAUGUUAAAAAGGGGGAAUGAAUAUCUCCUAAAUUACUUCUUUGCUCCAAUAAUGGCUUUUGACUUGGACUUUAAAAUUUAGCAGCCCAGAAAUGUCUGUUUAAUAUUUAAAGACUUGGCUUGGGGGGGUGGGUUGGUUUCUACACUCGCAUGAAAGCAAAAUCACAUAUGCAGCCUCAUUUGGGGAUGGAUUACGUGAGAUCUUAACUCAAAUUGGGCGCCAUAUGUUUUGUAUUUCAUCUUGGUGCCGCUGAAUGCCCAGUGGAGUGUUGUGUAGCACGGCCCAGGAAUCGAGUGAAUAAGAGCGCCUCCACGUCGAGGCGCACGAGAAGACACGGCAGUUAAUUUUGGCUUCUUCGAGACCCGAAAGCUGACGAGAUCCCUGCGAGUUAGGAAAAGCAAUCAAGAGAAGUUUGGCUAAUGGAUUUCUGGUUUUCAACCCUCCUUUUGUUGUGUCAAAUAUAUUUCUGUUCUCCCCGUCGGACCUGGAAGGAUUUGUACGUGCGUAACUAACUGUCCACUUUUGUACUGUAAUUUUGUUUUGGUAUAUCAGCAUUGUCUGAUUAUUUUUCCUGUGCCUUUCAUUCAAAAGUUGUAUUUACAACUUUUAGUGGGUUUAAAUAUUAAAAUAAAUGAAGAUAUAUAUAGAUAUAUACACAAA